ACAGCUGCUGGGCCUAAGAAUACGCGUGGGUCGUGGUUCGGUGUCUUGGUGGCAGUCCGCUACGUUCGAAUGCUCCAGAGUAAAAGACGUUGUCAGUGUGUAAACGGCCUCAAUAUCAGACACCCAGAAGACCAGCAGUGCCUGCCCUAUACUGCUAGGCACUGCAGUCGACUCCCUAUUGCUUAUAUCGCGCCUCGACAGCGAUGGAUCCGACGGCUUCGUCGUCCAAGAUGGACGAGAUCAUCGAGGUCAUCAAAGAAGGCAGCGUCGCCGUCCGUGGACACUUUAUGUGGCGAGAUCGCUAUGUUCUUAUAAAGCCAGGGGAGAUGAUUAUCCAUCGACGAAGAGAAGGAUCGAUUAAAGCCAAGAUCGAUCUACUCGAUCCCAACAUCAAGCUCACAUUUCUUGGCGGACAGUCAUUGCUUACAAUUUCUAUGCAUGGUCGAGAUAUCGUGUUUGACUUUCGCUCGACCGUCACGCGUGACGAGUGGAUCAGUGCCAUUGUGAGUGCUCAGGAACUUCCAGGCUCUGAUGAGGAGUGCGACGAGAACGGAACAGAACUUCUCUAUAGUGAUGAAACAGACGAUCACAAGCGUAGCUCUAUGACAAGCUUGGGGACUGAAAAGAGCGAUCUAUUGGAAGAAGAAGGCGAAGGCUACAAUGACGCUUUGCUUGCCUUGCAAAGUGUACGAGAUUCUGUCAUGCAGUGUCAUUUAUCAAUGGGAGCAGCUGAAGUCGAUACAUUUAUUACUCCUCGUGACAAUCCUGCGAUUCCAGCGUUCACAAAAACAGCGCCUUCACUUCGACGAGUUCAAAGUGCGAAGCGCAGCGAGGAGGAGUUACGACAGAAGCGGCUUCGAUCUCUCUUGACAAUGAUCGAAAGCACGCCGCAUGGUGGACGUGUGGUACUGUUACAUCUCGGAGUAGUAGCGUCUGCAGGCAUCACAGUCGGUGAUAUGUUGCUUGCACUUGGAGAGAAGCAAAGGGACAACCCACGUCGCGGUUCCUUCACACCACGCACUCUCAGCACACAGAAACACAACGUCGCAUCAUUUGUUCGGGAUAUCCUAUUCCACCCUAUUUAUUCAAAGCGCGAGGAGGUUAAUACUGAGGUUGUUCAAGGUCUCAUCGACUUGUUCUUCCCUCAUUGUCGCUUGAGGAGAUUUAGCGAUGACACGGAAUGGCAACAGGCUCAACCAGUACCAGUAAACACAUCCAGAGUCCCAACAAAAAGUGAAAAUGAUGCUGAUGUUACCACAACAAUACAAGCUACCCCCACCACUCCAAAUCCAUCAAGGCCACUGCAGAGAAGAAAGCGACGCAAUCACUCCUUCCCGAACUUAACUGGUAUCUCUCAACUCGCUAAGAACAAAGGUUUAUUGCCAACAUCAACAGACGACAACGACAGAUCCUUCAGCUCAAGGAAAUGUGAAGAGGGGGGAGGAACCCAACGUCUACGAGAUAACUUGUCGGUGCUGUUUGCUCCUUUGACUCCGUCUCCAGGUCCUGGAGGAGGAAGAGAGCCUCCAAUCCCUCUUUUGAGUCCCACUACACUGUUCGACUCGACUUGCGAGGAGCUUGACUUAAUUUGUGAAGAAGUUCCGCUUCCAGUACCCUUGCGAAGUUUGCUGUGGGAAAUGUCGUGCUCCGAGAUGGCAGGACAACUCACGAUUUUUCACCAUUCCCAACUCACUAACGUGUAUCCCUGGGAAUUUUUACAUCAUCCUAAGCAAGCGGCUAAGGAGCUGACAGAUCAUUUCAAUCGAUUGGUGGCGUAUUUCGUUUGGUCAGUGCUGGUCGAGGACUCCCCCAAGGAGCGUGCUGAAGUCAUUGAGGACAUCAUCUCCAUCGCUAUGGCUGCCAGUGCACCACCGCUGAAUAAUUUCCACUUGGUGAUGGCCUGUGUAGGCUGUCUCGGUGACACCCCACUCAUGUCUUCGCGGAUGCCAACAACGUGGAAAAAAGUCCGCGCCAAGUACAAAACUCGACUCGGAGAGCUUCGACGACUGUGUGAUCAUACUGGUGGCUUCGAGAACUUGCGACGCAACCAGAGCGUUGAAAGUGCUCGCCCUGUGCUGUCCAGUGAUGUUUCAACUGCUUCAGUUAUCCCCUUCAUCGGCGUUAUUGGAGUCAUGCUUGAACGAUUACGAUCAACUAGCUACUUCACUGCGAAGAAGAUGCUAGAUCUGGACAAGCUGGAACGGCAGUACAUGGUGUUAAAUGUACUUGAAAACGCACUACUCAAGCCAGCCCCGCGACCUAGUCGAGCACCGCAGCGUGGGAAGGCUGCUCCAACUGAAACUGCGACUCAAAUGACCACACGCAUGCAGCAAUUCUUUCAGAAUCUGAAGAUGGACUUUGCCACGUCUCGACUGCAUCAGCUUCGGUCACAGCAAAUUCUGGCGAAUGAAACUAGUGCAACGAGCUCCGCUUCGACGUCUUUUGUACUGACGGCGACUGUGAACGGGAGCAACAGAGGAGGCGUCCCGCUAACAGCAAGUCUAGCAACUAGUAGUUCACAUGGCUCUAUUGGUCCGAGUGAAGAUUCUGGGCUGCCAUUCGUGUCGUUCCGAGAUAUAUGCGUCCUAUUGGUGUCAGUUCCGGACACGCGCGAGCGGAUACAAAUGGCGCUUGAAGCGUUGUUUGUUGAUGGACGCCAGCCUGCUACGCAGUUCCUACGCAAGUUCUGGCUCGACUUUAAGCUGAACGUCUGGAUAUCGGGUAUCGGUCCUACUCUGCAGAGUGUGCGGCUCUGUGUGUCUGCUUUGUGUCAGGAGGUUAUGACGCACAAGAUCACUGAGCUCAUGCAGAUCAGCGGGUUGGACGAGAACUCGAGUGAUCUGCAUGACAUGGUGUACGUGAAGAGCGUGGUGAUGACUGUGCAGCCUAUUUAUCUGAAAAUCGUAUCGAAAGUCAAACGAAACUUCAUCAAGGAGGACGCCCAUGCGUCCGCUCGAUUGCUGAAGAGCACACCUCAGGUUGUCGUGGACACUAGCAAACCGACGAUGCCAUGGAGCAGUUGUAGCUCCAGCUCUCCUGUCGAGCUGCUGGACCUCGUGUGCCAGUUGGUAGCGCUGCCUCGAGCAAGCACAACUACAGCAGCCGUUGCUGCAACCGACCACCAGCUCGCAGCCGUGGAGUUGCUAGGAGCACUUCAGCACCAAGGACGCCACACGUUCCUCGCCACGAACCCGGUAAGCAGCCUGUAUCUGAUGAAGCAGAUCCUGGAUCCAAAGUACUUUCCUCUCGCUCGACGACAGGCGCUCGACGUGUUCGUCGCUGCGGUCACUUGGCUGCGAAAGGAGCAGCGAGACUCCUCCGACAAGCCCCAAGGCGCGUUGGUAUAGCACGAAGCUUCCAGCGAUGGUACGCCGAUGCAGACAACGCCAGAGUGACGACAGCCUAGCACCAGGCCCCAUUACCACUACCAAGAACAGUUAAGCAUUCGGUGGCGAGCUGCGCGCCGUCGGUUGCAUUUUUCCUAUAAGGCCACUCUCCGCCACUGAAAAUUCGGAGAUGGUCAGAAUGUAUUAUCACCCGAAACUUGUAUCAUCGCC